AGGCCGCGACAAACGUUGACGAAAUCGCAUGUAAUGUUUAUGUUUUGUUAGAUACUUAAACGUCCCCUGUCAUCUUGGUUUUACUUACAUGCGUGGUUAUUUUACGUUACUCUGAUUCUCCGAGGACGAUGCUGACUGUCAGCCGGAUGUUCCGGUGUUUACACAGCCGUUUAACACCGUCUAGACGUCGUGUUCCGCUCACCUGUCGUCCCACGAUCGCAGCCAGGUCAGGGCUCUUCUCAGAGGAUCACCGGUGCAAUUUCCAUGUGUUGUUAGCGCCUGCUGACAGAUGUGAAGCUCGCCUGAACAGCUGUAGAGGGUUUUCAACUUCACCGAGUAUCAGAAGUGACGCUGUUGGAAAGAUCCAGCCAACACAUUAUCAUCUCGUUUACACGUGCAAGGUUUGCUCUACGAGGACCACGCAGCAGAUUUCCAAAGUGGCUUAUCACAAUGGUGUUGUGAUAGUGACAUGUCCAGGAUGUAAGAACCACCAUAUCAUCGCUGAUAACCUCAAGUGGUUCUCUGACCUGGAGGGGAAGAGAAACAUCGAGGAAAUCCUUGCUGCCAAAGGAGAGACUGUGAGGAGGAUUGAAGGAAGCGCUGCUUUGGAGAUAGUGAUGGACGAAUCAAACAAAGAUGAGUCACAACGUGGUGACGACACAGAGAAAUCACACAGUGACCCAGAAAAACAAUAACGCUGUGUAUGUACUGUAUAUGUAUAUUUAAAGAUGUUAAUAUUUCAUUCCAUAAUAAACACAAAUCUUUUAAA